AUGGGAGGUUUAUUCUCGAUCUCCAUGCCAUGUGACCAAGUGGUGAAUCAAGUCUCUCAAUGUCUUUGCACUCAGGGGAGUUAUAUAUACAGCCUUUCAGAGAAUCUAGCUGCUCUGCAGAAAGGCAUAGAAAUGCUCAAGGCAAAGCGGGAUGAUGUGCAAAGAAGGGUUUGCCGAGAAGAGUUUACAGGACGUCGUGAAAGGCUUUCUCUGGUCCAGGUAUGGCUUACUAACGUCCUCAACACCGAGAACAAAUUCAAUGAUCUGCUUAGGACUAAUGACACUGAGCUUCAAAGGCUGUGUCUCUGUGGGCUUUGCUCUAGAAAUGUGAGAUUGAGCUAUCUUUAUGGGAAAAGGGUUGUUCUGAUGCUGAAGGAGGUUGAGAGUCUGAGCUCUCAAUGUGAAUUUACUGAGGUGACUGAGACGGUUUCGGUGGAUAAGGUGGAUGAGAUGCCUGUUCAACCCACCAUUGUUGGUCAAGAAAAAAUGCUCGAAAGAGUAUGGACUCAUCUCAUGAAAGAAAGAGUGGAGAUUGUGGGUAUGUAUGGCAUGGGUGGAGUAGGCAAAACCACUCUUCUCACACAGCUCAACAACAAGUUUUAUGAAACACGUGGCGGCGGCUUCUUCGAGGUUGUGAUAUGGGUUGUGGUGUCUAAAACUCCAGAGAUCCGUAGGAUUCAAGGAGACAUCGCCAAGAAGCUAGGCCUUGAUGGAGAAGAGGAAUGGGACCAGAAAGAUGUGAACCAGAGAGCCCUUGAGAUACACAAUGUCCUCAGGAGCAAAAAGUUUGUGCUGUUGCUGGAUGAUAUAUGGGAGAAAAUGAACUUGAAAGCGGUCGGAGUCCCGCAUCCGAGCAGACAAAACGGAUGCAAAGUAGCGUUCACCACUCGUUCUAGAGAAGUGUGUGGGCGCAUGGGGGUUGAUGACCCUAUCCAAGUUCAUUGUCUAGAACCAGAAGAAGCUUGGGAUCUGUUUAAAAAGAAAGUUGGAGAAAACUAUAGACAUAUAAGGCAACUUAUGUAUUAA